ACCAUGGUAAGAAGAGUUGCCAUUAUUGGAGCUGGGGUGAGUGGCCUGGCCUCCAUCAAAGCCUGCCUGGAAGAAGGAUUGGAGCCCGUCUGCUUUGAGAGGAGCAAUGACAUCGGGGGACUCUGGCAGUACUCAGAUUCCCCCGUGGAUGGCAGAGCCAGCAUUUACCGCUCUGUGUUCACCAACUCGUGCAAAGAAAUGACAUGCUUCCCAGACUUCCCUUGCCCAGAGGAUUUCUCAAACUAUCUGCACAACACCAAGCUUCAAGAGUAUAUCCAAAUGUUUGCCAAACACUUUGAUCUUGUGAAAUACAUCAAGUUUAAGACUCUUGUGAUCCAUGUGAAAAAACAGCCAGAUUUUCCCAUUUCUGGCCAAUGGGAGGUCGAGACAGAAACAGAAGGCCAGGUGGAAUUGGAGGUGUUUGAUGCUGUCAUGGUUUGCUCUGGGCAUCACGUAUAUCCGAAUUUUCCAGUUAAUGACUUCGAUGGGAUAGAGAAGUUUAAGGGCAGAUACUUCCACAGCCGAGAAUACAAAGGACCUGAAAAGUUCAGAGGGAAGAAGGUCCUGGUGAUCGGCCUUGGGAAUACUGGCUGUGAUAUCGCCGUGGAACUCAGUAAUGUGGCCUCUCAGGUUUAUCUCAGCUCUAGAAACGGAUCCUGGGUGAUGAGUCGUGUGUGGGACAAUGGCUACCCUUGGGACAUGGUGAUCAUCAAUCGCUUUGAAACGUUCCUCAGGAACACUCUCCCAACAGCGAUCACAGACUGGUUGUUCGUCAAGCAAAUGAACAAAUGGUUUGAUCAUGAGAACUUCAGCCUGGUGCCGAUAAAUAGAACUCUGCGCAAGGAGCCGGUGUUCAACGAUGAGCUACCCAGCCGCAUCGCGUGUGGAACUGUUGUGGUGAAGCCCGGCGUGAAGGAGUUUACGGAGACCUCUGCCGUAUUCCGGGACGGGACUGCGCAGGAAGGCCUCGAUUACGUCGUCUUCGCAACGGGCUACACCUUUGCCUACCCGUUCAUGGAUGACGAGUCCAUCCUCAAGUGCAGGGACAACACGGUCACCUUGUACAAAAGCGUCCUUCCCCCUCGGCUGGAGAAACCAACCCUGGCAGUGAUCGGCUUAGUCCAGUCUCUUGGAGCGAUUAUCCCGACUGUGGACCUCCAGUCUCGCUGGUUCAUAAGAGUCUACAAGGGGUUAUGUAAGCUGCCUUCAGAGCGCAGCAUGAUGGAUGACAUCGAUGAGAAAAUGGGGAAGAAGCUCAAAUGGUAUGGCCAGGGUGAUAGCCUGCAACUAGACUACAUCAUGUACAUGGAUGAACUCGCCUCUGAGAUCGGCGUCAAGCCCAACGUUCCACUCCUCUUCCUGACAGACCCAAAAUUGGCUGUGCAAGUUUUCUUUGGCCCCUGCAGCCCAUACCAAUUUCGCUUGACGGGACCCGGGAAGUGGGACGGAGCCAGAAACGCCAUCCUGACCCAGUGGGACCGAACGCUGAAGGCCACAAGGAGCAGAGUUGUGCACAGUCCUCAGACCUCUUUCCCGCUCUUUGCUUUGCUGAAAAUAUUGGCCCUCCCGCUUCUACUGGCUGCUAUUUUUGUGGUGUUUAACUGA